AUGAUGCAGAGGACCCAGCACAUAGAGUCUCACACAGAGGACCACACGCAGAGGACCCAGCACAUAGAGUCUCACACAGAGGACCACACGCAGAGGGCCCAACACAUAGGGUCUCUCACAGAGGACCACACGCAGAGGGCCCAACACAUAGAGUCUCACACAGAGGACCACACGCAGAGGACCCAGCACAUAGAGUCUCAGACAGAGGACCACACGCAGAGAACCCAGCACAUAGAGUCUCACACAGAGGACCACACGCAGAGGACCCAACACAUAGAGUCUCACACAGAGGACCACACGCAGAGGGCCCAACACACAUAA